UAAAAGAGGCACAGCUGAGCAAUUGCGUAAUCAUAUUUGCGUCUCUCUAGUCUAGCUCCGUUUACUUUCUCGACCAAACCAGCUCAUUCUCACUCUCAUAUAAAUCUCUCUCGCUCUCUCUCUUGAUGCUUAACAAUGACAUCGGAAACUGUGACGGAGCAAGACACCGACUCGAAAAAAUGGCAAGAAGCUCUUCGCAAAAUGUUACCUGCCGGAGCUCCGUUACCGGACGAAGACCAGCUCGAUUACUCCAUCGCCGUCGAGUACGACGGUCCUCUUCCGUUGCCUACCGCUUCUAUUCCCACCGUCGAUCCGGUCAGCAUUUCUAGGUUUUCGAGAUUCCGAAAGCUUCAAAACGGAACGGCUAAAUCUGUUGUAAGUCGACCUUCUCGUGCUUCCAAUCAAUUCGAUAACGAUUCCAGUUCAAAUACGAAUUCAAUUUCAGUUUCAAAUGCGAAUUUAAGUGAUCAGCAGUUUGAUAGUUGUAGUGAUGAAUUUGAGAAUGAUGUUGAUGUCGAUAGUGUUGAGAAUUCCACGAAUUUAGCGAAUUCAGUUAAUUCGGGGAGUUCAGAGAAUGUUGUUUCGGAGACGAAGAAUUUGAGUAAGAAGAAGAUGUGUAAUAGGUGUGGGAAGAAGAACAGGUUUUUGUUGAGAGGGAUAGAGAGUUGUAUUGUGUGUGAUGCUGGAUAUUGUAGUAAUUGUGUGCUUAAAGCCAUGGGAUCGAUGCCGGAAGGGAGGAAGUGUGUGAGUUGUAUUGGUAUGCCUAUAGAUGAGUUGAAGAGGCCGAGUUUGGGGAAAUCUUCAAAGAUUUUGUUGAGAGUUUGUAGUCCGUUGGAGGUCGCACAGAUUAUGAAAGCGGAGACGGAAUGCAAGGCGAAUCAGCUGAGACCGGAACAGCUUAUUGUGAACGGAAGGCAGUUACAUGAUGAAGAGUUGGCUGAGAUCUUUGGUUGUUCUGUUCCGCCUCAGAAGUUGAAACCGGGAAGAUAUUGGUAUGACAAGGAUUCUGGACUUUGGGGAAAGGAGGGAGAGAAGCCUGAUAGAAUUAUAAGCUCAAAACUUAAUAUCGGGGGUAAACUUCAGCUGGAUGCAAGUAAUGGUAACACUAAGGUGUUUAUAAACGGGCGUGAGAUCACAAAAGUUGAGCUCAGAGUACUGAAGAUGGCCAAUGUCCAAUGUCCUCGGGACACACACUUUUGGGUAUAUGAUGACGGGUCAUAUGAAGAAGAAGGUCAAAAUAACAUUAAAGGCAACAUAUGGGGAAAGGCGUCUACUCGUCUAGUUUCUGCACUAUUUUCUUUGCCUGUACCCCCUGAAAGUCCUAGUCGGUCAAAAGAAGAUCCAACUACAUUCUCAAGCAAGUCCGUUCCUGCUUAUCUGGAGAAGGAAAGUGUUCAUAAACUACUGUUGUUUGGAAUAGAGGGUUCGGGCACAAGCACUAUUUUCAAGCAGGCAAAGUGUUUAUAUGGAAAGAAGUAUACAGCUGAAGAGCUGCAGAACAUAAAGCUUACGAUUCAGAGCAACUUGUACAAAUAUCUUAGUGUCUUACUUGAGGGGCGAGAACGCUUUGAAGAAGAAUUUUUGUUCAAGAAUGAUCAUCCUGUAUUGGAUGCCGAUGGGUCUUCCCCAGGUGAAACUGCUUCUAAUAGAAAUAAGCAAUGUAUCUAUUCAAUCAAUCAAAGGCUCAAGCAUUUUUCCGACUGGUUACUGGAAAUCAUGGCUAUCGGAGAUAUGGAUGCUUUCUUUCCUGCUGCAACGCGUGAGUAUGCUCCUGUCGUGGAUGAGAUUUGGAAGGAUCCUGCUAUCCAAGAAACCUACAAGAGAAAGGAGGAAUUGCCUUUUCUUCCGGAUGUUGCGAGAUAUUUCUUGGAUCGGGCCAUUGAGGUAUCCAGUAAUGAGUACGAACCUUCUGAGAAAGACAUCUUAUAUGCAGAAGGAGUGACUCCGAGUAAUGGUCUUUCUUCCAUUGAGUUCUCAUGUGAUGAUCACAAUCUUUCGUCGGAUGAUUACUAUGAUAACUUCGAAUACCAAUCUCCAUUGACAAAGUAUCAGUUGAUUCGCAUAAGUUCCAAAGGGAUGCAGGACGGCUGUAGAUGGCUGGAAAUGUUUGAAGAUGCAAGGAUGGUAGUUUUUUGCAUUGCCUUAAGUGACUAUGACCAGGUUUACUCUCAUGGAACUGGUCCUCCGCAAAAUAAGAUGCUGGCUAGCAAAGAAUUGUUUGAAAGCACAGUGAAGAACCCUUCCUUUUCUGACACUCCCUUUGUGCUUCUUUUUAAUAAAUAUGAUGCCUUCGAGGACAAAAUUAAUCAGUCUCCAAUAACAAAUUGUGAGUGGCUUAAAGACUUUAACCCUCUGAAGCCUCACCAUAACAAUCAGUCACUGGCAAGUCAAGCAUACUAUUUUAUGGCUAUGAAGUUCAAAAAGCUCUAUUUUUCCAUCACCGGGAGGAAGCUUUUUGUGUGGCAAACCAGAGCUCUGGAGCGUAAAUCAGUCGAUGAGGCAGUCAUGUACCUCACAGAGGUCCUCAAGUGGGAAGAAGAUAAGAAUGAGGGAGUUUAUGGAAAUGCAGGAGAUGAAUCAUUUUAUAGUGGAGAAGUGACCACAUCCCCCUAUGUUGCGCAGGAAUGAGGCUCUUACUAUUCUGCUCCUUUUGAUCAGCUGUCAUGAUGCAUAAGGGUACAGGUACCAAGUUUUCGCGAUUGAAUUCGAAAUAUCAUAUAUCUGUCAAUACCUCUCAAGUUGAACACAAGAAAAUACAAGUCUUAUGUAUCCAUGACAUAAAUUACUGCUGAAGUAUAUAAGAGGACAAAUCAAGGUUUCCGCAUGCAAAGUGAAGUUUUGCGUUGUCGGAUUCAGUGAAUAUUUCGUAAGCUCUACUUCAUCCCAGUGAGUUUUUUUUGGUUUGGGGUGCUUGUUAGCUUGUACAUUCUUAUAUCUUCUUGAUUUUUUUAUUUUUGGGUAAAAUCUGUCUUGUUAAACUGGUUCUCUUGCAAAGCUUCAUUAUAUAAUUGUGAGUAGUACUUUUAUCAUUCA